AUGUGUCGCGUCGUACUGCUCGACCAGACCCAGUACGUCAACCAUCAAUUGGGAGCGGGGCUCCCAAGAAUCCCAGGACGGGGGAUAGCCGCGCCACCGGACGAGAUAACUCGUCCGACGUCCAGUUCACGUCGCGGUGGUUCAACAGCUGCUCUACUAGAUAGCGCUGGCCACCGCGAGAGUCCUCUAAUGGAGGUGGAGGAGGAGGAAAGACGCUCUCCACACGAUCAUGUGGAUCGGUGUGUUCCCGAGAGCUUCUUUGAUCGCGUAACGCAAGGGUUACGCGACGAUCUCGAGCAUGAGCGGAAUAGGCGUCUCCAGAUGGUGGACACUGCCUCGAAGCAUCGAGCUGAGUUUGCCUUUGCUCAGCUUGAGAACGAGAGAUCUCUGACAUCUCUUCGUGACGAGCUAAGGGUAGCUCGUGGGAUUGUUGAUCGGUCUCGGGCUGAGAUAACUGCUCUUCAGACCCUUGUUGAUGCCCACCAUCGGGAGCACAAGGCUCUCUGCGAGAUGCUUGAGCGCAAGGGCGUUCUUCAUCGGAAGAAGCAGCGUACUGAUGGUACGGCUUAA